AUGGAUGUCACUAAGUUGUCUCAGGGCUGUAUGCUGGGAUUGCCUUGUCUUCCAGAGGAUGGGGGCAUGUAUGGCAAAGCCCCUCAAGUAGCUGGGGUCAGAGUUCAGCUGGAGAUGCAUUCCCUUUGGCAGCAGUUUGAUCAGCUAGGCACUGAAAUGAUAGUCACCAAAGCUGGAAGGAGGAUGUUUCCCACAUUCCAAGUACGUAUUUCAGGCAUGGAUCCAGCCUCGGAAUACGUGCUCCUGAUGGACUUCAUACCAGUAGAUGACAAGAGAUACAGAUAUGCUUUCCACAGCUCCUCCUGGCUGGUAGCAGGGAGAGGGGACACUGCAGCCCCAGGGCGAGUUCACUUUCACCCAGACUCCCCUGCCCGCGGCGCCCAGUGGAUGAAACAGACUGUUUCAUUUGACCGGCUGAAACUUACCAACAACCUCCUGGAUGACAAUGGACAUAUGAUCCUGAACUCUAUGCAUCGAUAUCAGCCACGGCUGCACGUGGUUCUAGUGGAUCAACGUCGUGAUAGCCAACGCUAUGCUCAUCGCAACUUUUGCACCUUCUCUUUUCCUGAGACGCGUUUCAUUGCAGUGACCGCGUAUCAAAACCACAGGAUUACUCAGUUGAAGAUAGCGAGUAACCCGUUCGCUAAAGGUUUCCGUACCACAAAUCCAGACGAAUGGUAA